CUGUCAUUUCACAAGAGGAUCCAUUGGCAAUCGCGGAGAGCAAUGGUUCAACCUACCACAUUCUAUAUAUUAUAUUCAUAUAUACAUGUUCUCCGCUGUGCCGCCUGCAGCCAACUGGUCAUUCGUUCACCAAAGAGCAUGGGCGACACGAGAAGCCCAUCCCAUUCGUCGCUGAGCUGCUCUUGCCUAGUGAGCGUUCUGUUCUUGACGCUUGUGACGACGACGAGGGGGUGCAUGAAGGCGGAGAGGGACGCCCUCCUCGCCUUCAAAGCCGGCAUCCUCGACCCAUCCCGCCGCUUGUCCUCGUGGCGUCGCCCAGUGGACUGCUGCAGAUGGAGCGGCGUGGUGUGCGACAACACCACGGGCCACGUCGUGCAGCUCAACCUCCAGAAUGCGGAGGCUUACUACGACAAUUCGACGGUGUUGGGGGGUGAGAUCGGUCCAUCUUUGCUUUCUCUAACUCAUUUGCGUCGCUUGAAUCUCACUCAGAACGACUUCGGGGGCGCCCGAAUCCCCAAGUUCUUGGGUUCUUUUGGGAGACUCAGAUAUCUGGAUCUCUCUUUUUCAAAUUUCGGCGGAGCCAUUCCUCCCCAGCUGGGUAACCUGUCAACCCUCCGCUAUCUGAGCCUGUCCUCGUACAACUUGAGGAUCGACGCGGGGGACGACCUACAGUGGCUCUCGCGUCUCUCUUCUCUAACAUUCCUCCAAAUGAACUUUGUGAACCUCAGCACGGCCUCUCCCGAUUGGCUACGAGCCGUGAACCAGCUGCCCUCCCUGCAGCAACUCUAUCUGUCAGGCUGUGGUCUCACUGCCCUCCCCGACUCUCUUUCCCGCGUCAACCUCACGGCUCUCACCACGCUCGAUCUCCGUGGCAACUUCUUCAACUCCACCUUUCCCAGCUGGCUUUUUGAACUCCGUAGCCUCUCCUAUCUCGCGAUCAGCAAUUCUGAAUUGUAUGGCACCGUACCUGCCGGCUUUGGGAACUUGACUAGUCUCGCGCAGCUCGACCUUAGCGGCAACUCGCUUUCCGGUUCCAUACCUGUCGAUCUCUGGAGUUUGGCCAGUCUAACCACACUUGAUCUCAGCCAUAAUUCAUUUACGAGUCCCCUUCUACCUGAAAUCGGGAACACGACAAGUCUGUCGCAGCUAAACCUCGUUCAGUGCUUCCUCGUCGGUUCCAUCCCUGCCGAGAUUGGGCGCUUGACCAGUCUUACGGAAUUACGCCUCAGCGGCAAUUCACUUUCGGGUCGAAUCCCCGCCGAGAUUGGGAAUCUGUCCAGCGUAACGCAGCUCGACUUGGGUCAUAAUUCACUCUCCGGACUGAUACCGGUUGAGAUCGGCAAGCUUUCCAACCUAUCCGCCCUCGAUCUCUCCGAUAACUCCCUGGAGGGCACCAUGUCCGAACUCCAUUUCGUGAACCUAACCGAGUUGGUCGCCCUGUACGCUUACGCCAACCCUUUGACCAUCCGAUUCGACCACGACUGGUUGCUCCCUUUUCAACUUCAAUCCAUCAAAGUUGAUACCUGUGACUUGGGUCCCGCGUUUCCCAGGUGGCUCCGUUCUCAGGAGUUCCUCACGGAUAUUGAUCUGUCCAACACAAGCAUCGAAGAUACACUGCCUGAUUGGUUUUGGAAUUCUUCUUCUUCCACCAUUAUGGACAUAAAUCUGUCCCACAAUAAGAUCGGUGGAGUUUUGCCGGCAUCAUUGGAGAGUAUGGCCACCUUGAUGCUCUUGAAUUUGAGCUCCAAUCUCUUUCGAGGUCGCAUUCCUGUUUUGCCACCAAACCUACAAGCGCUGGACUUGUCCAGCAAUUCUUUGUCGGGAUCGCUACCCUCGACCAUCUCAUCACAGUUGGGCUACCUGUUCCUCUCCCACAACUAUCUUCAUGGAAGCAUACCGUCGUCCUACGUCUGCGACCUGCAGCAACUUUAUGCCCUUGAUCUAUCCAACAAUCAAAUAUCAGGAGAAAUCCCGCGUUGUCGGCCGGAGGGAUCACAACUUUUGUUUGUCAAUCUGGCGAACAACAAGCUACGAGGAAAGAUUCCUGACUCCAUCGGAAACUUGGGCAACCUUCAGUUCCUUCACUUAAACAACAACAGCCUCUUCGGACGUAUUCCUUCGUCGCUGAAAAAUUGCAGUCGGCUGGCUGUCAUUGAUCUCGGCAACAACAAAUUCUCGGGAAGUAUUCCAGCGUGGAUCGGACAAAGUUUACGGAAUCUGCAAGUACUCCUACUGCGCUCAAAUAUGUUUUCGGGCCAUAUUCCUCUGCAACUUGGACGAUCUAGUAAUCUUCAAAUCAUCGAUCUCUCCAACAACAGACUAUCGGGAUCGGUACCGCACUCUUUCGGCAACUUCAGCGCGAUGAUCUCCGCGUCAAAGUCGAUGGCUUCUACGGUUUCGAACAUUAUGAAUUUUGUGUUAUCCUCUUUCGUGGCAAGCGAGAGUAUAUCUCUGGUUACCAAGGGCGAUGAGUUCAGCUUCUCCACAAUUCUCCGAUUUGUGAAGAGCAUAGAUCUUUCGAACAAUGAUCUGAGCGGAGUGAUUCCUCCGGAAAUCGGUUCUCUUUUUGCGCUUCAAACAUUGAAUUUGUCGAGAAAUAGUUUUGAAGGCAUGAUUCCGAAAACAAUGGGCGAUAUGAAGUCAUUGGAAACUCUGGAUCUGUCAUUCAAUAAGUUAUCCGGAGGCAUUCCUCAAAGCUUUUCGGCGUUAUAUUCUUUGAGUCACUUGAAUCUGUCUUACAACAAUCUAUCGGGAGCGAUUCCAUCGGGGAAUCAACUUCGGACGCUGGAGGAUGCAUCCAUUUAUAUCGGAAAUGUCCAUCUCUGUGGUCAUCCGGUGACCAAGAGUUGCUCCGACGAUCCCAACGUCGAUUCGACAGAAGAGGAGUACAAACAAGGAUCUCAUGUGCUGUCAUUUUACUUUGGUACCGGGCUCGGAUAUUUGGUCGGCUUAUGGAGUGUGUUCGUCGUCAUGCUGUUCAAGAAAGAUUGGAGGCUCUUCUAUUUUGCAACGGUGGACAAGAUGUACGACAAAGCGUAUGUGGCAGUCAAGAUAAGAAUGCGAAAUUGACAUGACGCAGCAAUCAAAGGAAGGCCGGUUGAAUGUGAUAUCGACAUGAAAAAGGAGUGAAGGGAAGACUUCCCCGGGGAGGGUGGAUUCAUCUUGCUAAACUGCGCUACCGUUGGACUCUUUCCACGCGCUUUCCUUGGAGCCUGAUGGCGACGGCACUCGUUUUCGUUUGGAAGGUUCCGUGGAAAUAUAGUAGAAUUAAUCUCUGAAUCCGUCAGGUUGUGCUCUCACCAGUAUAAUGUCCUCCUCCUCUGCUGUGGUGCCCGUGGUCUCCAUGCUGCUGCAGCCUACAGAGUCUUCGCUUCACGAAAGGUUUCGAGAGUCAUGCACUUGUUGUUCUGCAUUCGUAUCUGGCAAAAACAAACGUUUGAUAUAGAAGUUCAACUACUCUAUGGGUCUUCCAGCAUUAUAUGUAAAAGAAGUUGUUUUCCGACAUUGAUGCAUUAACUAUAAA